UCUCUCUCUAUCUUCUUUCCCAAUUUCUGCAAUUCUGAAGAAGCUAAAGGUCUCAAUCUCAGUCAAAAAAAAAAACAAAGGUCUCGCCUUUAUCAAACUAUCUCACUAACUAGAAAAAGAAAGGGAAGAGAGGGAUAAAGGAUUGGAGGAAGAAGAUGUUGUUUCAGGUGGGAGGUGAAGGCACACGCCCCACCUUCUUUGAGAUGGCUGCAGCUCAGCAACUUCCGGCUAGCCUUCGCGCCGCUCUCACUUAUUCCCUCGGCGUUUUUGCUUUGAGACGAUCGUUCCUCCAUAAGAUUUUAGACUACGAGGAUGAAUUCUUUGCUGCUCUGAUGCUUAUUCUUGAAGGACACAGCUUACGAACCACAGAUGCUUCGUUUGCUGAAUCAUUGUAUGGUUUGAGGAGGAAAUCAGCGAGAUUGAGAUUGAGGAAAGAUAGUGCCAGGAAGGAUUCUAGCGAAGAAGUUCAACAUUCCGGUUUAGAGAAGCGUCAAAGAAUCCUUUCUGUUGUGUUUCUGGUUGUGUUACCGUACUUCAAGUCUAAGUUGCAUGCAAUCUAUAACAAAGAAAGGGAAGCGAGGCUCAGGGAAAGUUUAUGGGGAACUGAGGAUCAAGGAUUUGAUGAAACUGACUUCUUCACAGGGGAAGAAUCAAUUGUUACAAGAGAGCCUAGUGGGAAUGAAGAGCUUUCUGUUCGAGUACAAUUAGCUACCAAAAUAAAAAAGUUUAUAGCUGUCUGUUAUCCUUGGAUACAUGCAUCAAGUGAAGGAUUGUCGUUCACUUACCAGCUCUUAUAUCUACUGGAUGCUACGGGAUUUUAUUCUCUUGGACUACAAGCUCUUGGGAUUCAAGUUUGUCGAGCUACAGGGCAAGAACUGAUGGACACAUCGUCAAGAAUUUCAAAGAUACGGAAUCAUGAGCGUGACAGGCUUCGUGGUCCUCCUUGGUUAAAAACAGUGCAACGGGCACUUCUUAGCUGCUCAUAUGCAGUGCUUGACUACGCCCAAACCGGUCUGAUUGCAGCAGUUUUUAUCUUCAAAAUGAUGGAAUGGUGGUAUCAAUCAGCUGAAGAGAGAUUAUCAGCUCCAACAGUGUACCCUCCACCUCCACCUCCUCCAGCCCCAACGAUGGCCAAAGAAGGAAUCCCUCUACCUCCCAACAGAUCCCUCUGCGCGUUGUGCUUGCAAAAACGUGCAAACCCAUCAGUUGUCACGGUCUCUGGAUUUGUUUUCUGCUACUCAUGCGUAUUUAAGUAUGUUACAAAGUACAAGCGAUGUCCGGUUACAUUGAUUCCGGCCAGCGUGGAUCAGAUUAGGAGGCUGUUUCAUGACACUUAAGACCCAUCUAUUUAAUGGUUUUAAGCCAAAUUGUGAGAGUUACGUCACCGUUCUCUGCAGCAAUUUAGAGUUUUAACCGGAUGAGUUCAAAGACCGCCAUAUAUAUAUAUAUAUGGAGAAAGCUUUCAUGUAGAGCUCAUCUAGUCUGGGAUCAAGUGCUUGUUGGAUUGAAAACAAGCUGUGUUAAUUCUAAUCAAAGCUGAAUUUGGUGAAGACUAAGAAGGCAGAGAAAUGGUUGUUUUUUCUUAGUUUCAGUUUCAAAAUUGUUGUAUAUUGUUGCACUAUGGGGAAGGAUAAAUUAAAUUUAUACUGAUCAAUUUAAAAAUAAAAAGAAUGGAGGAAAUGAUUGGAGUUCAAACUUUCAUGGCUCCAAACUUUCAAACU